UUUGGAAAAUGGCGACUUUGUCAACAAACUGACAGCUGUGAGAAAACAUCUUAUAAGUGCGACAUGUCUAACUAGAAAGUACACAGACUAUCUUUUGUUGUCCAAUUGGGCAGGAUGGCUGAACUCCCAGGUCUACCACCCCUCCCGAAAUGUUUUAGUGAUGUAGUUAACAUAAACCCAUCGCUUACAAGUUUUGAAGAAAAAGAAGAGGAGUCCACGUUGGGCGGUAGUAUCAGUGACACCGAGGUGUCCAGUCUGUCCAGCCCGAUGAGUCAGCCGGAUGGCAGGGAUAGCAUACUUAGGGACAGCGACACCGAUCACGACUUACGAUGCAACGCGUCGUCCACUAGCUCCAACGUCGAUUCGGCGGUCCAGUCGCCCGAGGACCAACCAAGUGGCAGUGAAGAAAUGUCUCCCUUCGUAAAGCUUAAUACAGCUUUAUCAACUUUAAAGAAUGAAAUGGCUGGUUUGAGGGAACUGGAUGUGUCACUUCUGUGCCAGCUUUGGUCGUUGAAUGAUGCUAUCCAGGAGUACAAGGUAGCAGUACAAGAUCGGUAUUCAGAGACUAACUCGGAAUAUUCAUGGGGCAUGAACAGUCGUACAAGUAGCAUUGGGAGCUUUGACGACUAUGAUUGGAAUGCAGAUAUCUAUCUGAAGCCCGAUGGCUAUGUGGACAGCUCCCUCCAUGGUAGUACAUCCAGUCUUCUUCAACAGAUCAACGAACUUAAGGAGCGUGCCGAAUCGGAAUUUAUAUAAUUUUGUCUGUAUUUAGUAUGAAUCUAACACUUCAUUUUAGAUUUGUGUUUUCAGUGAGUCACUGUAGUGGUUAAGGGUUUGAUGAUAAUAUAGCUAUAGAUUGACAAAGAAGGUACAUAGAUGUAUGGAAGACAUUUGACAAUAUCUUCUAUUGUUUCACAUGUGAAAAUGAAGUCAACUUUUGUUUCCUGUUAUGUUAUGUUUAAUAUUUUCCAAAAGUAAGCUAGCCAGUGUACAUUGCGAUGAAUGGGAAUACCUGGUAUAUGGUUUGUGGAAUGGUUUCAACUGCAUAGUGGUCAGACUUGAGAUUUUAUUUUUGAUUUUUUCUCUUUCUUUUUUUUCCCUAAUUAUACACAAUAUAUUUGUGUAAUGAUAUCAAGGCAAAUCUGUCUAAUAGGUUUUUUGUCCUUGUAUAGAUUUUAUCUUGACCACUGACUGGAGGAUUAACAAAAAUAUAUAUCAUUAAUAUUUGUGAUUUUGUUAUUUAUUAUUGAUUAUAUAACUAUUUGACAAACUAACAUUGUUCUUAUUUUAUCCUGCUGUAUUUUCCUUAAUUUUCGGAUAUGGACCAUGUCAGUUUGUAUUAGCUGAACCUAUGGACCAUGUCAGUUAGUAUUAGCUGAACCUACGGACCAUGUCAGUUUUGCCAUUUAUAUUAACUGAAUCUAUCUCUUUAAAUAUAUGUUGUCAACUCUUGCCCCUGAAGCUUUAGCAACAAACUUACCCACAAUAAAUGUCUCAAUUGUGUCAUAUUGUAAUUUUGUAUUGAUAAGAACUUUUUUGUUGUUUUUACUAAAAUGAUUUUGAAUUAUACUAACAGAUAUUUUAUUGGGUUGUUUAAUACUGGAUUAUAUAAUAAGACUUGUGUAUUGAUUUGCAUGCCAUUUCACUUUAAUAUUUGAUCAUGCUUUUUGGUAAUAAGGGUUUUACUUGGAAUUUUCUUUUUCAAGAAAAGGUACACCCUUAGAAAAUUGAAGAAAUAUUAACAGUUGGAAGAUAGCAUUAGAUGUUUUGGUAUACAAGCAUUGAGUUUCAGCAGGAGUUGAGGAUAAGACUUGGCUAAGUUGCAUUUCAAAAGGAGUUAAGGUAAUUGGAGUUGAGGGAAAUUUUAGUUGAUUUUCAGAAGGAUAUAUUUUUAGGGUAAUAAGUUUCAGAAGGAUGUAUUUUUAGGGUAAUUAAUUUCAGAAGGAGUUGAGGGUGAAUUGUUUGAGAUCAGUUUCAGAAGUUGAGGGUGAUUUGAGAUCAGUUUCAGAAGAUGAGCAUAAUUUUAGAUCAGUUUCAGAAGGAAAUGAGGGUAAUUUGAGAUCAGUUUCAGAAGGAAAUGAGGGUAAUUUGAGAUCAGUUUCAGAAGGAAAUGAGGGUAAUUUGAGAUCAGAUUCAGAAGGAAAUGAGGAUAAUUUGGGAUCAGAUUCAGAAGGAAAUGAGGGUAUUUCUAGUUACUGAUCAGGGUAUUUUACAUUCCCUAUCUUACACUGCAGGGCAUGCUGAUACUCCAAAGUCAGUUUUUGUUGGAUUACUGGUUUGUGUUGUUUAAUAUUGUAUUAUUAAUUAUCUACAUUAAUAUAAUAUAUAUAUUUAUACAUUUAUAUUUUUAACCAACUGUUAUUUUUGUUUUCUUGAUAUUUCAUUUGUGAUUGUACAGAGGGAUGGAUACUUUUAGUGCUGUGUUGAGAUUCUGGAGUGUAUAUUAGAUUAAAUAUUCAAUAAUUUGUACAGUUUAGUGAAGAUAAGCUUAGUGAUGCACUGUUAAGAUUUUUCUCACAGUGAGUGAAGAUUAGAAAGCUUUUAUUUACUGCUUUGAUUAUGACCAAUUCACAGUAGAGAUUUGGAAAGCUUUAGUGCUGUUGGUAAGGUGCUGUGUGGGUACAUAUAUAGAUUGAAAGUUUUUUUUGGGUUGAUCAGGUGAGGGGAGUUGUCUUAAUAUGUUUGUUUAUGGUAGGGAAAUGUUGUUUGAGUGAAUUAGGGCUGAGAAAUGUUUUUUUAGUCCAUUAUGGUAGAGAAAUAUGUUGCUCGAGUAAAUAAGGGCCGAGUAAUGUUUUUUGAGUCCAUUACGGUAGAGAAAUAUUGCUGAGUCAAUUAGGGUAGGUAAAAGUUGUUAAACCUAGUGUUUAGCUUCAUGUGGGUUAGAUCAUUGGGUACAUAUAUGUGGAAUAAAAGGGGUGUUAUUUAAGUACUUCGGGAUAGUGCUGAGAGAUAGCUAUUUGGGUACAAGUCAAUUAAAUUCAGUGCUAUUGGGAUGUAUGUGGAUUGGAACUGUUAUUUUGGGUACAUGUGGAAUAAAUUCAGUGCUAUUCGGGUGCAUGUGGAUUAAUUUUAGGGGUGCUCAUUGGGUUAAUGCUAAUUAAAUUCAAUGCCAUUUAAAUUUGGAUAAUGUGGAUUUAAGUGGGUGCUAUUUGGGUAGAUGUACAUACGGAUUAAAUUCAGUGAUAUCUGGAUCUAUGCGGAUUAAAUAGGGUGCUAAUUGGGUAAAUGUUAAUUAAAUUCAGUACUCUUUGGGUACAUUAAUUCAGUGCUAUUUGGUUUUGUCUGUAUGUGGUUGAAUGUAGAGUGGAAGAAAAGAAGUGUGGCCAGUUUAGGUGUUUGGGACAUUCGUAUAAAAGACAAUGAUGUUUUGGUACAUAUAUGUUAGAUAUAUAGUGCUAUUUACGUUUAUUUAGAUAAAGAUAACUGGUACAUGUGGAUUUGAUUUAGUGCAGUCUGUUAAGUGUACAAAUCUACAAGUGCUGUUAGGUGAAUGCAUGCAUUCAAGAAACUGAUGUUUUGUUACAGGUAGAUGCGAACAACUGAUGUAGGGUAUAUAUGUAUUAAAUCAACAGCUGUUGUAUAAAAAGGUUGGUCAGUCAUGUUGAGAUAGUUCUGUUUGGUACAUGUGAAUGAUACAAUAUACCGGGGGUACUCAUUUAAGAUUUAAUAGCACUGUCUCAUAUUUUGUAGAUGGUAUUGAACCAUGGCCUACUACCAUAUCAACAUAGUAUAAUUGGUGAGAUAUAUGGGACGAUAUUUUAUUGAUCUGAGGGGGACAUUUCUCAGUUCCAUUAUGUUUUGAACAAUGCAAGUAUCUAGAAAUCAUGUAUCUAUGACAACUGUUAUAUAUAAAAAUGCACAAAACACAUGCAUGAUAUUUAAAGGGACUUUCUGUUUCAUAAAAUACCUAUAUAUACACAAACAUAUUGUAUAUACUAUAUACAAUGUACAACGAUUGUUAGACCAGUUGUUAUGGUUGAUAACAAACUGAGGCUGUGAUGUGAAGCAGGUUUAAUUUUUGAUGAUCGAAGACCUUAGAUUUCCUUUUUAUAUAUACAUAUAAAGAUCUACAAAUUUUGAAAUUUUCCAUACUGGUACUUUCAUCGGAGAAGACUUAAAAUUUCUUAGUAGAUAGUUUGUAAAUUUAUGUAUGGUGAAUUUUAAUGUUUAUCGUUCAAAGUGAAUUAAAGUUUAAUUCCAUGGUAAGUCAAAAUUAUGUUGUUUUUUUUUUAUUAUCUUUUCAAACAAAUAUAUAAUUAGGUUGUGAUAGAUAUAUUUUUCAUAAUCUAUAGAUCUGUACAGUUGAAAUGUAGCUAUAGGUAUAACCACACAAACCAAAAUGUGUACUAUUGUACUGUAUUGUAUUGUUACAUGUAUAAAGUUGCCAUAUUAUAUUAAAACUAAUCAAACUUAAAGUUUACCAAUAUUGUUCAAUCUGAUGACAUUAAAUAAUGUCAUUGCUAAUGUGUACGUACUAAAGCUAUUCAUGUGAAGAUUAUGUCAUACAUGUACAAAUUAAAUUUUUUGCAUAAUACCGGUAGUUUGAGGUAAUUUAUGUCAAUUUACAAAUGUUAUUAAUGAUGUGUAAUGCUUGAUCGAAUACACCAAUUCACAUUUCGAUAUUAAAUCUAUUAAAGUUGUUGUUUAUCAGAAAUAAGUAGUGGUUUAAGAAACAGUAUAUUUAAUUUGAGGCAGGCAUUUGUAGAUGUUUAAGUGCAACCAGAAUAAUUUACAGAAUUUUUGAAAAUACAUGUACACCAUUUCAUAAAACAAAAAGUGCAAACACCAAAACUUUCACUUCAGAAAAAUCACAAUUUUUCAGGAAAUCUCAUCUGUGGCCCAACAGCAAUUCACAAUUUGACCCCAUACAGCUAUCACUCUCUAUGACACUGACUGCUGUUGGUUGAACUUGUGACAUUGCAGCCAGAAAGCUCUAAUUCAGCUUGAGUGACCAAUAUGCUGAUUAGCAGUGGCUAUAUGAACAGGUGCAAAUUGUGCACCUCGGAGGUCGGUAUAUCAGUACUUGAUACACCGGUUAUGAUACCAUUUGUUACUUUUUGCUUUGGGGAUAUAAAUGGAAUAAAUCUAAAUGAACAUCAAUUUUCUUUCCGAUACAUUUUAAAGGCAAAACGGUUUCAGGUUAAAAGUGAUAAAUGCUAAUCAAGGUUGGUGCAGGUACAGUAGUGUACAUCAUACUGAUGGUAUGUGUUCAUGUAGUCUUGUAUAGUGGUUGUUAAUGUCUAGUCAGCUACUUGUGGUUGGUCUUGUUGAACAAUUUGACAAAUAUCAUGUACAAAUGUAUUACAUUUUCACAUAAGGGGAGGUAACUACAGCCUAUAUUUGUGCGUUCCCGAAUUUACAUGUUGUAUUAUCCCUACCAAUCCUCUUCCCUGGACUUCCGUCUCCUUAGAGACAGAGUUUUUAUUCAUAUCUGCUCCAUUAGAAAUUGGAGGAUAAUUUGUAGAGGAUUUAUAUUCUUGUAAUUACACCUGUACUUGAGAAUUAACUGCUGUAGAUUCAAAUUAAGAUGUUUCGGUACGAGUUGGAAAUUGUUUCUUCAGUAAAUCAAAUGUUGAUAAAGAUGACAUGGUAGAUUUCGUUGUACUUUAUUACAGAAAUAGUUCAACCAUGAGGUAGCAUGAAACACAAUUUCAAAGUACAACUCAGUGCCACGUGACUUAUAACUUCAUUAAUAUGGUAUAUGUUUAAGAUGAGUUUUUCAGAGUAUAUGUAUACCUAAUAAGAUAAUCUUAGGUAUGUAGAAAGCUUGGUGCAAAUUUAUUUAUAUACAUUUGAUAAACAUGUUUUAUACACAAAAGUAGCAUUUUAUGUUAAAAAUGAAGUUUGUAAAAUAUGUUAAUAGUUAAAAUAUUCCACCCAAACAUAGAGAGCAGCAUAUAUACUUGUAUGGGAAUGCGAUUUUACACACACCAUAUUUAUUGAUAUUACAGGGUCACAUUUUCAGGGUUUAUGAAAUACUGUACAAUUCACUGUAAACUCCAAACUAUAUCGGACCAAAUAGUAUAAGUUAUCAGUAGAAAUAUAUUUGAUCUCAGUUUGGUAAAAUUUCUUAAAAUGGUUAGACAAUGAGACCCUAUACCUCAUAAAAAAGAAAUAGUUAUACAAGUACAUUUUUUGGUAUGAUAAGCAGUGUAUUAUCAUUUCUAAUUUCUUGAACAGCUACGUAUUAAUUAAUACUUUGUAGUAUGCAUGCAUUGCUGGGUUUUAAGUUUUAGCAUUUCCUGUUGACUUUGGGACCACCAUGACAUACGUUAUUGUUGUGUACAUUUGUUUUCUAUUGUUUAGUGGAAACUUUCCAUUUUAUUUUCCAAGUGUUCAUUUCAAUACUAACUUUACAUUGAGAAAUCUUUGUUGCAGUUUAACUCUCACCCUGAAUUAUGAGAAUGAAUUUAUCAUGAGCACAAAUAGAAGUUAGUACUACAAUUAGAGGGAUGAAAUUUACACUUGAUGAGGCAAAGUUUUCUCAAUGUAUGGUUAAAAUUAAUACAUGGUACAUAUGUGAAUUGGACAAACCUGGUUAUGUCAAUUUACUCAUAGUUUGUUCCUAUUUUGACCAGUAUUCCACAUAUAUACUUUGUUUUUUUGUGUGUGUAUAUAUAUAUAUAUAGGUGUAGGAUUUAUUACUCAAAUUAUUGUACAACUAAACAUUACCAAUCAAGGUCAUCUUUAAAAUAGGGUUGUUUUCUGUGCAAUGUUUCUUUUAGGAGGAAAAUAAGUUUCAGGCGUCCGGGCCAAAUCUCUAGGCAUUAUCUAUAAACUCUUCAUACUGCAAACUUAAAAAAUCAAAUCAUUGAUGCACAGUGACAACUAUUUUACUGAUGGCCUUGUGUACAAACCAGCUACCUCUAAAAGAUUGUAAAGGUUUUUUUUCAUUUAUUAGGCAACAAUUAGUACACUUUUGUCACCAGACUGCUGGUGUGAUGUUUUGAUGAAUUGUAUGAUACCUGCAUCUCCAAUAACUGUUUUGUACACUAAAUCUCAGAAGUUGCUGAGACACAAGUCUUGCUGUGUCUUUGAAUAAGUGAUGAGAUAUAUGUAGUAGGUUGUACCUACAAAUUUAUUGGUGAACAUAAUUGUGAUUUGAAUAUCACCCACUUUGGAAUUUUUUGCAAAUUACUCUGGCGUGUUGUAUCCUCAAAACCUAAAUGACAAAGCAAGCAAUGUUAAGUAUCCAAGAAUUAAAGACCAGUUAUAGGAUAAAUUCUUGGCAAUGCAUUGUUUUUUGCUCUGGGAAAAUAUACAAAACAGUGAAAAAAACAAAUCAAGUUGGAAUUUUUCUUAUACAUUGUGCGUUUAUUGUUUUUGUCCUGUGUUCAUAAUCAUAGCUCAAUAUAAUACAAAUAGUGUUAAUAGAUUUUACCAAAUAUUAUUUUUAAUAUAUUCCAUCUCUGUUCAUAUCUACAUAGCUACUUACUGAGUUAUUAAAAUAUAGAACUAUAUAUCAUAUUUAUAUAUAUUGAAUUUAUAUACAUUUAGUUAUGCGACUUCCUGAAGCAGAUGGACACCAAUUUCCCUAUCUAGUGAAUGCUUUGUACAUGUGCUGUGUCUUAACGACGGCGGUGUUAUGUUGUAGAUACCUUGUUACUCCAAACCUCUUCAUAAACACCCGAGGGAAGUAGAUUUCUAGACAUAAUUUAAUAUUUAGGGAUGGACCUUAGUUAAUUUAUUUGUAGUUAAACUAAAGUGUAUUGACUAAAUAUAAGUGGACUAACAAGGUUCUACAAAAGUGUAUACAAACCUUUCCCCAAAAUGAUGUAAAGUCAUAAUUAAUGGUUGUGUUGCAAAAUUAACUGAGGCGACUUAAUCAACGAAGACAGGAGGUCAAGGUCAGUAAGCGUCCUGCUUUGUUGUCUCCGAUGUUCAGUGAGAAAUGAUCAAGGCGAUGAAGCUUACUUAACAACUACAGCACUGGAUUAAUCUGUGAUUGUGAUCAAGUUGACCUUAUCACUUGGUAUUUAUUGUAUUUUUGUGUGAUUUUCAAGUGCUUCAUAUUUUUUCAAGUUUGUAUUUUUUGUUUUAAAGUUUUUUAAUUAAUUGGAAAAAUGUUAAGUGAUCCAAUUUUGCCAUUGUGUGUUUUAUAUCUAAUUGAUGUGUUAUUACAUCAUGUACAAUCCUGAUUCCUCUAUAAAUUAAUCUUUAACAUAAGUACAGGUAAAACUUACAGUUAACAAUCUGUUAAUGUAACUGCUGAUUUAAAUAUUUGGACAUUUCGCCACAGUAAACAAGGCUUACACUCCAGUUCACAUGUCUGGUAAAAUUUAAUAGCUAACUUAAAUUUAUAUGAAGUUAAAUGUUCUGAAGUAAUGUUAAUGAACAAGAAAAAUGUGACAUGAAAAUGUGAAGCAUGCUAUGUAAACAUAAUUUAGAAAUAGUCUCUAGUUUACAGGAAAAGGAUACUCAUGUACCCAUUUAGGUGCUUUGUAUGGUGGACAUAUCCUACAGAGGUACAAAAUGUCAUCGAUAGAAGUGCCUUUCUGGUAUGUGCAGUUUUGUUUGUUUGCAAUAUUACCUUUGAUCACAGAUGUAGAUUUUCAGAUUGUUGUUGAAUUUCAUGCUGUUAGUCCUUCGUGUAUUAAAGUUAAAAACAUUUA